GAGUUAAAGCAGAUUCAGCUUUAUUUAUCUCCAUCGAGCUGAAGAAUAAACUCGAUGCAGAUCCAUCCACUGCGCGCACACUCAGCGCGCAUGCGCGUUCCCGUUUGAUUUCUUAAUAUUUAAUAUCAAUGGCUGACGCUCGUUUCUAAAGCAUCUCUCAAAAUUAGGAAGGAAUCUUUGACACGUUUUCUGAACACCAAGGUGAACGUCAAUCUCUUUGAUUUUGUCCGCUGGGCUUCGAUCCUAAUCAGUCAAAAUUCACCCAAAUUCACUCAAAAUGGGACAGAAAUGUCACAUUUAACCCUUUCCGUUCCGCUGUCGACAUUAACGCGAGAAGAUGAUGCGUCAGGUGUCCAGCAGCAGCGAAUACUGCGUGGACGGACGGCCCUCGUGUUUAGCGGAGGACGGGAGGCUCUCGCCGAGCCACUUUGAUUUGUGCCCCACCAAGUUUUACCAGUCUUCCCCCCCGCAGCGCUCUCGGCAGAUGUGCUUCGCGUACCUGCCGCCACCGCCGGUCCUCAAGUCCCCCUCGUGCCGCGAGGAGCCGCGUCUGCCGCAGGGGCCCGCCGGAAACCACAGAAGCGGGGACUCUAAAAAGAAGGGAGCGUCCGGGAGGUCUGGGAAACGCGGCCGGCCGGCGGGAACCACCAAAUCCGCCGGUUACAGAACCAGCACGGGCAGACCGCUGGGCACCACUAAAGCCGCCGGGUUUAAGACCAGUCCGGGCCGGCCCCUGGGCACCACCAAGGCCGCGGGCUAUAAGGUGAGUCCCGGCCGGCCGCCCGGCAGCAUCAAGAGCCCGUCUCGGCUGGGUAAGCUAAGCUACGGUUCCUGCAGCGGAGCGGCGUUCCCCUACAGCGUCAUGCACAGACCCGACGCUACGCUGAAGGAGGAGGCGGCUAAAGAAACACCAAAACUGUUGUUACAAGCUCCCCAGUUCCUCCUCGGCAGCUUCCCGGUGCGGCAGCAGAAGACCCCCCCGCCAGCGGCGCUCCUGCCGUCAGGGGACGCCCCCCCGGGCCCCGAGCAGCUCAUCUCCGCCACACUCUGGUCACGCUGAACGCCACCGCAUGUCAUGUCGGGUUGUUAGUGAGCUUCUUUCAUAAGCUUGAGUUAGAUAGUUAGACCAUAAUGACGAGUGCAAUAUUUUCAUCAUUCCAGCACUCCACCAAAGACCUCCAACAGCAUGAUUCCAGAAGAAACACAUGAAACAUGCACUCUUUAAUCACACCUGUCGUUCAUUACACGUCUUGUAAUAGUUACUUUUGUAUUGUGUUUAUGAUUCCGGCUCUGAUGGUUCAUGUGUUGGUGUGUGGGAAUGCAGCAGUGAUGUAAACAUGUUCUUAUUGGUUCAGUAUCACAUGACUCAGAUGAGUACACUCUUAGAGAAAAGGGUUCGAUAUAUGAAGCAUAGGGUUCUUUACUCAACUGCAAAGGGCCUUUUAUGCAAAAAAAAAAAAAAUGAUGAUAAUGACAAGAAAGAACCCUUUCGGCACAAAGGUUCUUUAUAGGCUAUUAUUCAUUCAUAUAUGACAUUAUUCUGCAACAUUUUGUAGUUGUAAUUCAAUUAUUAUUUAUUAAACUGUUGUAGUAACUUAAUAUCACUUUUUAGUCAUGCUCAUUUUUCGAGGAUAAAAACUGAAACGGCACUCUUCGUGUAAAAUUGAUUAAUUGAAUUUUUAACCCCCAUAUCUUGAAUUUUGUGAUCAUUCACAUGCAUUGCUUUUUAGGGGUUCCAAAUACGUAGCACUUUAGAACCUUUUAAGGUUCUAGAUAGAACCUUUUCUUCUAAGAGUGAUAGUGACUAUAGUAGCAGUGAAGAGAAGAGCUUUGUGUUUAAUAUUUACAUUCACACAAUCAGUGACGUGGGCUUUUCUUAAUUUUUCUUUCAUUUUCCACACUUUGUGAUACAGUUAGAAUACGAAUGUUUGUGUACAUGUUUUAUUAAAAUGUUCUACAAUCGA